UUCACGCCAGCGUCACAUUCUCCACCCGCCCCCUUCUCCUUAAGUCCGUUCUCGUUCCUCCCGAAGCUCGCCACUGUAACUCUUCGCUCGGGACGAUCUCCGGCGGCCGCGAAUUCUUUCAAAAUGACGAAAUCGCCCUUCCGCCUCCCUCUCCUCCUCCUCCUCCUCCUCGGCCUCCUCGCCGUCUCCACCACCGCCGAGAUCAAAUCCCUCAAGAUCUCCUCCGACAACCGGCCGAUGAUUCUCUUCGAGAAAUUUGGCUUCACGCACACCGGUCAGGUCGCCAUAUCUGUCCAAUCCGUCUCCGUCGCUUCGUCGCUCGCUGAAAUCGACCCUUCUCGGCUUGGAUUCUUCCUGUUGUCUGAAGAAUCUCUCCUUCAAGUCCUCCUCGAGAUCCAGCAAAACCCUCAGUUUUGCGUCCUCGAUUCUCGCUACAUCAAUCGUCUCUUUACCUUUCGGGACCUCUCGCCGCCGCCUCAAAGCUCCUUCAGCCGUUCCUAUCCCGUUACUGCCCCCAAUGAGUACAGCCUUUUCUUCGCCAAUUGCGCUCCCGAAUCCUCGGUUAAUAUGCAGGUGCGGACGGAGGUGUACAAUCUCGACCGCGAUGGCUCCAAGGACUAUCUCUCCGCUGGCCUUACUCAGCUUCCUUCUCUCUAUUUCGUCUUUUCCCUUGCGUACCUUGGCUUCUUAGGGCUUUGGAUCUACGCUUGCCUCACGAAUAAGCGCACCGUUCACAGGAUCCACUUGUUGAUGGGCGGAUUGCUGUUGAUGAAGGCGUUGAAUCUCAUUUGCGCUGCUGAGGACAAGCAUUAUGUUAAAAGCACCGGGACGCCUCACGGUUGGGAUGUGUUGUUUUACAUUUUCCAGUUUAUCCGGGUUGUUUUGCUUUUCACGGUGAUCGUUUUGAUCGGAACUGGGUGGUCCUUUUUGAAGCCAUUCUUGCAAGAAAAGGAGAAGAAGGUGUUGAUGAUUGUGAUCCCACUUCAAGUCUUGGCUAACGUGGCUUCGGUUGUGAUCGGCGAGACCGGGCCUUUCAUCAAAGACUGGGUCACUUGGAAUCAGGUUUUCUUGUUGGUGGAUAUCAUAUGUUGCUGUGCCAUAAUUUUCCCCAUUGUUUGGUCGAUCCGAUCUUUGAGAGAGACAUCGAAGACCGACGGGAAGGCUGCGAGGAAUUUGGCAAAGCUCACUCUUUUUAGGCAGUUCUACAUUGUUGUGAUCGGCUAUUUGUACUUUACACGGAUCGUCGUUUUUGCGCUCAAGACCAUUGCCGCAUACAAGUAUCAGUGGGUGAGUAAUGCAGCUGAGGAAAUUGCAAGCCUGGCCUUUUAUAUGGUGAUGUUCUACAUGUUUAGGCCUGUGGAGAGAAAUGAGUACUUUGUUCUCGACGAGGAAGAAGAAGAGGCUGCGGAGUUGGCUCUCAGAGACGAAGAAUUUGAGCUCUGAAAUGGGCAUUGAAGAGUACUUUCUAGUUCUUAUUGCCAUCUUUUUCUUCUGCCAUACAAAUGCAAGUGAUAUAGCUGAUUUACAAAUAGAAAUUGUUGAAGUCGGGUCUGCUGCUCAUUUUGCUGAUGUUUUUUGUUUUGCCCUCCUUUCAACUCGUGUAGAAACUUGAAAAUUGUUCUCUGUUUUUUGUUAUCCAUGUUUAUGUUUCAUGUCAUAAUGCUAAAUAGUGACUUCCGCAUAUAGAGUUCGCUCAAACAUGAAAUGUGAAAGCCUCUUUAUUCUGUUCCUCUA